GUCAACUCUGCAGGGCAGGGUUCAAGGUGUGCUUUUUUAAAAAUCCUUUUUUUCUUUUUUCUUUUGAUCAGAAAAAAGCACGCAACAUGAACACGACUGAUUCUCUGACUCAUCACACCCUAACACAAGAUGAAGAAUUCUUCCUCACGAAAACCCUUUUGCAAACAAAUUCUAUCACUAAAAUGUCCUGCAGCAUAUUCAUGUACCUCGUAACCAAUUACAUCAACGGCAUGCUGGUUUUCACCUACUUUAAACACCCCAUGUUUUAUGAGAACCCGCGCUACGUCUUGUUCAUUCACAUGGUGUUUAAUGAUAUAUUCGAGAUGAGUGUUGCAUUGGUUUUGCACAUUUGGCUUGAGAUUGCACCUUUUAUGGGGGUCCCGAUAUGUUAUUUUUUCUUGAUACUUGCUGUCACCACAACCCUGAACACCCCUUUGAAUCUAGCUGUUAUGGCUCUUGAGCGCUACGUUGUAAUCUGUAACCCCUUGCGGCACGCUCAGAUCUGUACCCUCCGCAGGACGUACAUGGCUAUCGCUGUGAUCUGGUUCAUAGGGCUCAUCCCCGGAACGAGCGAUCUCUUCAUUGUCUUCGCUGUGGAGCCACUGAGCUUCUUCAAGACGUCCGUUUACUGCAUUCGGGAGAAUUUCUUCAGGAGUCCCGCUCAGGUAUAUAAGAGAAUAUACAUCAAGACAUUAUAUUUCACUGUUGUCUGGCUAGUCAUUGUGUUUACAUAUCUCCGAAUCGUUUAUGCAGCAAGGUCAGCCAGCAUGUCUGAAAAGUCUUCAGCUAAGAAGGCUCGGAACACCAUCCUGCUCCAUGGAAUCCAGCUAAUGUUGAGCAUGCUUACAUUCAUAGCUCCCUUCACUGAGUAUAUCUUCUGGAUGUUGCCUUCCAGUUGGCUCCUGGACCUUCACUAUGUUAGAUUCUUCUUAGUAUACAUCUUACCAAGAACUUUAAGUCCUGUGAUCUAUGGGAUGAGGGAUGAGAAUUUUAGAAAGCAUUUCACAGGGUACCAGUUGUGUUCAUCAGCAAAAGUUAAACCAAGCAAAGAAAUUGUAACCAUCAGCUAUAAAGAUUAGGCUUACUGAUAUUUCACAUUCACCACAAAAUGGUAAUGAAUUCCCUUCUCUGUUGUUUCAUUUUUAAAGAAUAAUACUGUACCCUUAGCAGAUGUGUCAGCAAGUGUCGUGCUCUUUUGUUACAGGUUUAUAGCAACAACAAAACACUGAUGAAAAAGUUAUCUAAUGCAACUUAAUUAUGGGAGAUUUCUAAAUACACUAUGAUGUGAUCCCCUUCCAGAGAGACAAUAU